GUCUCUCACACUCUCUCUCUCUCUCUCUCUCUCUCUCUGUCAUUUCAUAGCGUUGUGCGUCGCAAAUUUAUGUCUCAGAGGCGUUGCGUUCCACACUUUUCUACCAUUGCCUUUGGCCUCCUCCAUUAUUCUCAUCUCCUGCUCUCUAGUGAGAUCAACCCCAAUUCCAACUGCUCUGCUCAUUACACACGCAAUUUAAAAACACCCACAAAUAUAAAACAUCCAUAAACCAAAAAAAAAAACCCAAAUAAUCCCUCCCUCCCCUUCAACCACAUUCCAAAAUUUCUCUUUCUUUUCUCCUUCACCAAACAAUUCAAUUUCCUUGGCUUGGGACUCUCAAAUUUUCCGAGAAAAUCUCAAAUGGGUGUUAAAGGUUUUGUCGAAGGAGGCAUAGCCUCGAUCGUUGCAGGGUGUGCAACUCACCCGCUUGACCUAAUCAAGGUUCGCAUGCAACUACAGGGUGAGACCCACGCUCCAAACCCGAACCCGUCAUUGCAAUCUCUCCGACCCGCUCUCGCCUUCCACCCACCGACCACGAUCCAUGCCCCUAGUACGCCGCCGCCACCGGUACCUCGGGUGGGCCUUAUUAAGGUGGGGCUCCGGAUCGUGCAGCAAGACGGCGGCGCCGCCCUCUUCUCCGGCGUCUCCGCCACCGUCCUCCGCCAGACCCUCUACUCCACCACCCGGAUGGGCCUCUACGACAUGAUGAAGCAAAAAUGGAGCGAUCCAAAUGGUGGUAACAUGCCCCUCGUGCGCAAGAUAGCGGCAGGGCUGAUCGCCGGCGGGAUAGGAGCCGGCGUCGGAAACCCGGCCGACGUCGCCAUGGUCCGUAUGCAAGCCGACGGUCGGCUCCCCCUUGCUCAGCGCCGCAAUUACAAGAGCGUGGUCGACGCCAUUUCGCAAAUGGCCAAGAAGGAGGGAAUUACGAGCCUGUGGCGCGGAUCAUCGCUUACGGUGAACCGUGCAAUGCUGGUGACAGCGUCACAGCUCGCAUCAUACGAUCAGAUUAAGGAGACUAUAUUGGAAAAGGGUGUGAUGAAGGAUGGGAUUUGGACCCACGUCACAGCGAGCUUCGCGGCGGGGUUCGUGGCUGCAGUGGCAUCGAAUCCGGUGGAUGUGAUAAAGACUAGGGUGAUGAGCAUGAAGGUUGAGCCAGGGAUGGUCCCACCGUACACUGGUGCCCUUGAUUGUGCCUUGAAGACAAUUCGAGCAGAAGGCCCCACUGCUCUCUAUAAGGGCUUCAUCCCUACAAUCUCAAGGCAGGGACCUUUUACUGUUAUCCUCUUUGUCACUCUUGAACAGGUCCGCAAGCUGCUCAAGGAUUUCUAGUUUCAAAAAAAAAUUAUAUAGUUUCCUUGUGAUUGUUGUGUAGUUUCGUUUAAAAUGUUUUUAGUCUUCCCAUAUUGGGAAUGAAGCAAGUAUAUUAUUUGGGGUUGCGUGAAAUAUCAAUUUGUUAAAAUCAUAAUGUCUCACACCAAUUUCAUUGCUAA